GGGCACCCCGUGGGGCGAAGAUGUGGGGUUUGCUGCACACGCAGCGCAGCCCCCGUGUGCAGGGCCAGGACGGCGGCAGUGUGAGAGACUGCCCCAGUGGUGUUGAUGAGACGUGCUACAUCCAGCUGCCGAGAGUCGACGAGGGCGACGCUGCCGCACAGCAGGCCAUGAUCCACCACACACAGACAGACCAUCCCAAGGUCACCCUGCAAUGCCCUUGUGGCACAGUGGCCAGCGGAGGCCUCUGACGAGUGGCGUCUGUGUGCGUCUGUCUGUCCACUGCAGAUGGCGUCGGCCUCGAGUGAGCACAUUCCUCUGCUGCUGGACGAUGGCCAAGGGCUGACGGAGCCCCAGCUGCCCGACGUCACCGAUGACAUCACCAAGGCACCGAGACGCUUCGAGCAGGUGGGUUGGUGUCAGUCGACUCUGAGGCCUCUAGGACGUCUGUGUGUCGUCUGCAGGUCCCCUUGGUGGGCGCCCCGGCCGCCGACAAUUGGUAUCCGACAGAUGCACUGAGACGCAGCAUCAGAUGGGCCAUCGACGACAAGGAUGCGGAGGGCCUGCGGAAGGUCCUCGACGGUCUGUCGCCUGAGCAAACCGAGAAAGUGCUGACGACUGGAUGGGAAUAUGGGAGCUCUGCCAUCCACUACGCCGCACGUAGGCAUCGUCGCACCACUGCACACACAUGAUGCAGCUGAGUGGCCCCUGUGUGUGCUUCUCAGUCAAGUGUACGGAUGUGGCGGUGUUUGAGGUGCUGCUGCACAACCGACACGACCUGCUUUACCUGAAAGAUAAGGUGUCGUGCUGGACCAUUACACUCAUUCCGCUCAUUAGCCGGCCGAUAUCUUUCUUCUGUGUCUGUAGGAGGGCGACACGCCUCUUCACAAGGCAGCACAGAAAGGGUCAGUUGGUUUGUGGAGCAGUCUGUCGAGUGGGGCGGAGAGGAGCUGCUGGAAGCUCGGACCAACGUUAGGACGAGGGAAAUCUCGACUGGUGCAUCGAACAGCAAGCGUCUUCUGUCAUGCUGUGAUUCAGAUUGGCUGGAAGAUUGGCUGGACGCCUCUUCAUGAUGCAGCAUGUCAGUCACUCCUGCAAAUGAUAGCCACACAACUACAUGAGUCUUCAACGUGUCUCUCCUGCAGUCUCGGGCCAUGCCGAUGUGGUGGCGGUGAUGUUGAAGGUGGACCCACAGCUCUUGAAAAUCAAAACCAGCGUAGGCUGCCCGCACCAAUCGACUCUGGUACCUCAACUGUCCCCGCCCGCUAAUGUGACAGGAGGGAAAGACGCCUUUCGAUUUUGCCCUCAGAAAGCCGAAAGUCGUCGCUGUGAUGGCUGUCGUGGCUGGAGACGUGGCCAUGAAGCUGCUCGAGCAAGGCGCGAAAAUGGAAGAACUGGACGCCCAUGAUCUCAAGGAGGUGGUGCCUUUCACGAAGGGGUUCCUGAAGGACCGCUCUGAUUCGCUGGGCCUCGACAGCCUUCGCUUGUGUGCCUUCUUCCGCAAGCUGAUGCAGGCACGACAGAAGGACUCCCUCACAGAGUGCGAUUGAAUGGAGAGGAGGGGACAUCAUGCGAACAUCUGCAUGCUUCUUCGUCUCUCUCUCUCCUCUCUUUUCUUUUUCGUUCUUCGUGCAGUGACUUUGAGAAUAUUUCCAACUGGCAGGAGGUAAACAGUAAGGACACACACAGUCUUACUUGUCGCAUUGAUUGGGGGGUACGAUCCGGGUCAGGCACUCACAGCGACUUUCUGCAGCGAUACCAGGAUGCAAAACUUUGAACAGUCACUUAGAGGCAAAGAGAAAGAAUGGUUCGCGGCGCUCGAGUCUGCGGAGCCCCUCACAGUAGUGACUCAAGGUAGCCAACACAGAGACUUCACCCCCUUUUGGCUGUCGGCCGCUCAUGGCGUCGUCCUUCUGCCAAUGAUUGUGACAGCCAACUCCAUCUCUCUCGUCACAAAGCAUUGGCAGCCGCCACCAGUUUUCAGGAUAGGCUGCUUUUGCCGGUCGAUUGAUUUUGGACCCCGUGAUGUCUUCAUUACCCGCGUGCUGUCAAUGCGAGUGCAUGUGUGUGGAUCGGCAGAAACCAGUGAGUCCGUGGUUGGUUGCGUCUGGUGGAUGUCUGUCUGUGUUAGGCCAAUGGCACGGCAAAGCAUAGCAUAGCAUAGCGUCAUAUCGGUCCCCAGCGCUCUUAUCGUCCAGCCCCACGGGCGUCG